AUGGCAACUCCAACACCCGCAAGCCGCGAGGUAGCGGAAGGGUCACUCAUCGACGGUCAGCCGCUCGUCGUGUUCAUACUCUCGCCAGACCAGCUCCAGCAAUCUGGCUUCCUCCCUAGCCUGGUUACCACGAUCAAUGCCGCGUACCGUUACCGCUUCAAGCUGCAACCGGAGUUAAAAGUCCAAUCAUCAGAAAGUCGCUUGUCCUCUGAGGAGGACUUCUUGUCCAGCACGUCAAGCGAUCCGGCAGCCUUCGUCAUUGUGCUGUCCCCGCGUGGAAGCGUCGAGACUCUUGGCACCGCCAGCUGCGCGCCUUUUCGAGGCCCCCCGGAAGGAGUCUCGUCACCUUGGGUGCGAAAUUUGGAGCCGCAACCAGAUUGUACAGAAUGGAUGCUCGGGCUGAUGGCAACGCAUCCGUCCGCGCAGCGCCACGGCUUGGCGAGCUUCAUGUUGGACCUGGCUGAACGUGAAGUCAUCCGGAGAUCAGUCCAACAGACCGAACAGGUGCCCAAGGAACGUCAUCCUACUCCCCUAGGCGCAGUGAAGAUGAUCCUCUCCACGGCCAAGGAGUUGAACGAGGCCUUCUAUACGAAGAGAGGAUAUCAAAUGGACUACGAUUUCCCCCGCGGCCAAGGCUUCAACUUCCACGUCACUCACAUGUCGAAGCUGCUGACCUGA